AUGUCUAUGGGUUGUGGUUUUCAGACAGCUUCUGGGAAAGGUGUGAACAUUAGUGCCAAAUCAUUAAAACAUGUCCAAGACAUCUUCAGAGAAGAAUCCAUUUAUAAUCAAUCUCCUGAUCAUCAUACAAAAGUAAAUCCAUCUGCUAAUGAUUCUAUAAUGCGGUCCAAAGUUAUUGAAACAAAACUAGAUGGUAAGGAGUCUUUCCCAAACCCUGAUUUAUUUCAAACUGCCUCUGGUAAAGGGAUAACAGUAGAUAAUUCCUCUUUGAAACAUGUUCAAGAUAUAUUCAAAGAGGACAAUCUACCAAAAGCAUCAACCAAUGUAUUUCAAACUGCCUCUGGUAAAGGGAUAACAGUAGAUAAUGCCUCUUUGAAACAUGUUCAAAAUAUAUUCAAAGAUGACAAUUCACUAAAAGCAUCAACCAAUGUAUUUCAAACUGCCUCUGGUAAAGGAAUAACAGUAGAUAAUGCCUCUUUGAAACAUGUACAAGAUAUAUUCAAAGAGGACAAUCUACCAAAAGCAUCAACCAAUGUAUUUCAAACUGCCUCUGGUAAAGGGAUAACAGUAGAUAAUGCCUCUUUGAAACAUAUUCAAGAUAUAUUCAAAGAGGACAAUCUACCAAAAGCAUCAACCAAUGUAUUUCAAACUGUCUCUGGUAAAGGGAUAACAGUAGAUAAUGCCUCUUUGAAACAUGUUCAAGAUAUAUUCAAAGAUGACAAUUCACCAAAAGCAUCAACCAAUGUAUUUCAAACUGCCUCUGGUAAAGGGAUAACAGUAGAUAAUGCCUCUUUGAAACAUGUUCAAGAUAUAUUCAAAGAGGACAAUCUACCAAAAGCAUCAACCAAUGUAUUUCAAACUGCCUCUGGUAAAGGGAUAACAGUAGAUAAUGCCUCUUUGAAACAUGUUCAAGAUAUAUUCAAAGAGGACAAUCUACCAAAAGCAUCAACCAAUGUAUUUCAAACUGCCUCUGGUAAAGGGAUAACAGUAGAUAAUGCCUCUUUGAAACAUGUUCAAGAUAUAUUCAAAGAGGACAAUCUACCAAAAGCAUCAACCAAUGUAUUUCAAACUGCCUCUGGUAAAGGGAUAACAGUAGAUAAUGCCUCUUUGAAACAUGUUCAAGAUAUAUUCAAAGAUGACAAUUCACUAAAAGCAUCAACCAAUGUAUUUCAAACUGCCUCUGGUAAAGGGAUAACAGUAGAUAAUGCCUCUUUGAAACAUGUUCAAGAUAUAUUCAAAGAGGACAAUCUACCAAAAGCAUCAACAAAUGUAUUUCAAACUGCCUCUGGUAAGGGGAUAACAGUAGAUAAUGCCUCUUUGAAACAUGUUCAAGAUAUAUUCAAAGAUGACAAUUCACCAAAAGCAUCAACCAAUGUAUUUCAAACUGCCUCUGGUAAAGGGAUAACAGUAGAUAAUGCCUCUUUGAAACAUGUUCAAGAUAUAUUCAAAGAUGAUACAUCUCCUCACGUAGAGACUGAAGAGCAUAAAGCAGUUAACAAUGCCUCUUCAAAAAAUGCCCAAAAUAUGCCUCUUAACAUUUCAAAUAACAAUAGUACUUCCACCAGUGUCGUUGGUCAUUCUGAUCAGGGUCAACAAUUGGUACCAAAGAUAGACAGUCAGAAACCACCCAAGCCUAUUAAACCUUGUUUUGUGACACCAGAUAGAAGAAAACCAGCUCAUCCACAAUCAACACCAAGAUCAUCAAAAAAUACUGUUCUUCAUGAUAAACCAG